UAUGAAUCUAUAUCUCUCAGAUGAUCGCAUUAACUUCUUGAGUUCACAUGUGAAUGGUCUAUCAUGAGUAUAUGAAUCUUGGCCAACAGACACCCUGAGGCGGAGCUGCUAGGACCACCCCCCCCCCCCCCGCGGACCACAUACAAAUCCUACGGAGGGGGCAGACAUCCUUUCGUAAAUUACCUGUUCUCACGUGCGCAUUCGUAUUUCCCGCGUUAUGAACUAAUGGUGGCGCCAUCUGUUAUUACUAAAUCAGAAGAAAUCCUACGUACACAUCGAGAAUGUAACAAAUCGCUAGGAAAAUGGCGGACGAAAAGAAAGACGUUUUGGAGGCAAUUUCUACCGAUAAACAUACGUUUGAUAACAAAGAAAAUGCGCUAUAUGGUGAUCAGAGUGAUCCGACAAAUGAUGGAGAAACCAAUGGUGGUCAGAAAGAUGGGUUUGAGCUCGAUAUUGGUGACCAUUAUCUCGUCAGAAGAUCGGAUGACUCGAGUUGGCAUGCUGCAGAGAUAGUGCAGAUGAGAACAAAUGAACAAGCCGGGGGUAGAAAUGAGUACUACGUUCAUUAUGCUGGAUUCAACCGUCGUCUGGAUGAGUGGGUCACAAUAGAACGUGUCGAUCUGAAUUCGAGACUUGACGAUCAUGGGAAUAAGAUCCAGACCCAGUGCUUGACAGACUUGGCUGAUGGAACUGAUCGAAAGAUUACCAGGAAUCAGAAGAGGAAACAUGAUGAAAUUAAUCAUGUGCAGAAGACGUUUGCUGAGAUGGACCCAACAACUGCCGCACUGGAAAAAGAACAUGAGGCUAUUACAAAAGUAAAGUACAUCGACAAAGUGCAGAUUGGAAAAUAUGAGAUAGAUGCAUGGUACUUUUCACCGUACCCUGAGGAGUAUGGGAAACAGUCGAAACUUUGGAUCUGCGAAUACUGCCUAAAAUAUAUGCGGCUUGAGAAGUCGUACAGGUAUCAUCAGAGCCAGUGCACAUGGAGACAGCCACCAGGGAAGGAGAUCUACAGGAAAGGAACAAUCUCGUUGUUUGAAGUUGAUGGAAAAGAUCAUAAGAUCUACUGUCAAAAUCUGUGUCUGCUCGCCAAGUUGUUCCUGGACCAUAAGACGUUAUACUUUGAUGUGGAGCCGUUCCUGUUUUACAUUCUGGCCGAAGUGGACAGACAUGGAUGCCACCUGGUGGGAUACUUUUCAAAGGAAAAGGAAUCGCCCGAUGGUAACAAUGUUGCAUGUAUCAUGACCUUGACCCCAUUCCAACGUAAGGGCUACGGAAAAUUCCUCAUCGCAUUCAGUUAUGAGCUAUCUAAGCUAGAAAAUGCGGUUGGGUCUCCAGAAAAACCACUUUCAGAUCUUGGUAAACUGAGCUAUCGAAGUUACUGGUCAUGGGUCUUGCUGGAAAUUUUACGGGACUUCAGAGGUACCCUCUCAAUUAAAGACUUGAGCCAGAUGACCAGUAUAUCACAAGGUGACAUCAUCAGUACGCUGCAAUCAUUGAACAUGGUCAAAUACUGGAAAGGACAGCACGUCAUCUGUGUCACGCCAAAACUUGUCGAGGAGCAUCUCAAGAGUGCACAGUAUAGACGUCCACCAAUCACAGUUGAUGUUGAUUGCAUAAGAUGGUGCCCGCCCCACAAGAAGUUAAAAGUCAAGAAAUAACACACAAACUGUGCAUCUUUGUUUCGUUGAUGUUACCAUGGUUACUGGCUGACCUUUUUGGAGGAUUUCUUCAUGUGCUUUGGUUGAUAAUCGCUUUAGUGUCCUUGAAAAACUCUUGGCUUGUCAACGCGUACAGACAGGCUCUUACAACUCGACUUGUAUUCCGUUGUUGAGGUGAUUUUCAUUGGAGGUUUGGAUAGAUGUCACUCUACUCUGAUAUCUGUAAUAUGGGUGGCUUGUGUAUAAAUGUUUGUGUUCCCCAGUUAUGCUAAAACCUACUUUAACAGCAAUAACAUGUAUUCGUGUAUGAUGUUCCCGCUGUAGGCCUUAGUUAACAGAAACAUGUCACUGAUCGAAUGAAAUCUGUGCAAUUUUGAAAUUUGUGCUUUGUCCUCAUUGAAUGCGUAAUAAUUGCACCUUGAUUGAUCAGAAGAACUGAAAGAGUUUAAAACAGUUGGAUGGAACAUUAUGUCUGUGUACAUUCGUGAAUCAUGCCGAUUAUUUUCCACUGGUCAGAAUCCGUAAACUGGUCACAAGGCACUCCUAUGUUAAGAAUUAAGAAUGUGUGUUCUGUACAUAAAUUGUGAAAAGCUGUAAAUAUAAUGUGUCUUUUUAAAUAAAUCAUAUUAACUCACACAA